UUAAUUUUUUACAGCGUCAUUUGUGUAUUUCGUUGAAUGAUUUUUAAAACGCUUUUUAUUUAUAAAUAAUUUCUAAGAAUAUAAGUGUUGUGUAAUACACUAGAAUAAGAUAAAUUUAGUAAUAGAGUGUAGUUAUAGUAUCGAAGGAUUCGUUUGGAAGAGCUCGAACAGAAAGGGUUAAACACAUAAUGGAUGACUAAGUGAAGUGACCCCACGACCAAUUCAGAACACGGCGUACAAAUCGCAAAGGAAAUGGCGGUACAAAAGGGGAGACAAGGGUCCCGAUUAUUUAUGCCAUUAGUCAAUCUACGGCCACCACAGUUGUACAGGGAAUCUCGCCAAGUUAACACCUCACCUUGCUGUAUCGAUUGACACACAAAUGUUGCUGAAAUGCGCUCUGGUCGCAACACUAAUACUCCUAGUGUUGCAAACAGAAGCGAGGCGUGCUCGACCUAGACCAAGGACCAAGUCUAAGGUGCAAAUAGGCCUUCCCAUCACCGGAAAAUACAGGGAUCCCGAGUCUGACCAGUACUACAACAACAACGAUGGCGCCAAAAUUCUGUUAGCAUCGCACUUUGACCUGGAGUACGUACUUGGGCACAAAAUCGCCUUCCUAUGUACCGCCAAGGGAACCCCGCGACCUCACAUUACUUGGUUCAAAGACGGAACAGAAAUAUUUGCACAUCACUACCUACACAUCCACGAAUGGAUGAUCGAGGAUGACCGAGUCAAAUCCAAAUUGGAAAUAGAUCCAGCGACCCAGAUGGACGCGGGCGUGUACGAGUGCACCGCGGACAACAUGUACUCUAUAGACAGGAGAUCCUUCAAAACAGACUUCUCUAUCGCCUUCGACUGAUAUCAAUCGAUAUUGAAAUUAAAUAUUUCAUUUGGCAUGUUUAUUAUUAAUGUUUUUAUUUUUUGUCUUGAAUAAAAUUUACUUGUUGUAUAUGCAAAACGGUCG